GUAUCUCCCCCAGCGCUUAGAACAGUGCUUUGCACGUAGUAAGCGUCUAAUAAAUAGGAUCGAGUGAAUGAAUAUCAUCAUCGCCGUCAGUGACGAUCCCAUUUCCUCUCCCGACCGUCUGCAAGAGAAUUCCCGCUGGAGGACCGGGAUGGUGCCCGAUCUGAUUACGCCCCGUUACCGAUCUGUCCGUUCCGAGCGCUUAGUACAGUGCUCUGCCCAGAGUAAGCGCUCAACAGAUACUAUUGGACGAACGAACGUCCGCCCCGGGGUCCGGCACAGUGCCGAGCACUUAGCGGGACGAAUACCGCCGUUCGCUAUCGACCCGGGACGGUUGGGGAGGGGGCUCCGAGGAGGCCACAGGGAGAUGGGCGACGGCGACCGAUGCGCUCAUUCCCUCGUUGGGUCGCAUUUAUUGAGCGCUCACUGUGCGCGGAGCACCGUCCUGAGCGCUUGGGAAGUAGAAUUCGGCCGACGGUCGGAUCGACCCUGAAACGGCGGGGCCCGGAUUCGGAAAACCAGCUCCGGGCCUCGCAAUCCCGCGCGUCUGCUCCCGGGAAUUCUCCCCCAGGAGGGAUCCGCCCGAGGCCGGGCGACGGACGCGGGGAGGCAAGACUCUCUUUGCGCACCCGCGGCGGAUCCGCUCCUCAAACCUUCGGUUCCGUACUCCGUCGGUGAGCCAUGCCGGGAUCCGUUGGUUCGGCCGUAUUUAUCGGGCGCUCGCCACGGGCAGGGCAGCGUGCCGAGCGCCGGGAACGGACAGCUCGGCAACAGAUAGAGACGAUCUUCGCGCCAGGCGCUCCCGGGAUCGCCCGGAGCCGCCCUACUCAGGGAUGGCCCGGGAAGCUCGAAAGAAGCCAGAGGAGAUCUCGCCCUACGGUGUUGGCGUGGGGGAGGCGGCGCGCGGAUAGGUUUGGACGCGGACCCGCAUUUUCUUUUCUUCGGCACGGCGAGACACCCGGGGCGGGGGCGGAAGGGGAUGGUUACGGAGGGGCCGCGAGGAAUUUCUGGAUUCCGGGAACUUCCAGGGCUGGAAACCCAGAGGGCCCCGACGGCUCCUCACCUUUCGGCUUCUGCCGCCUCCCCUUCGGGGCGCGAGAUGACGACUCCCUCGCACACCCCGCCCGGCUCCUCCGUAGUCGACGCGGCGUUCGGACGGUUGAGGAUCCCGCACACCGCCGGGGCGGACCUGGGACGCCUGAAUCCGAGAGACAGGAGGUUGUACGCGUACGGGCCGCUCUACCUCGGAUCGACCGCAGCCGUCUGCGGAGUUCUGGCCAACUACCUUCUCCGCCGAAACAUGAAGGUCACCCAGCGUCCCCUGAAGACGUACGCGCCGUUGGCCGUGAUACCUUUCCUCUCGACGGCCGUCGUCUACAGACUUCUGGUGGUGGAACCUCUGAACGCCGGUGACCUGACCCAGGAGCAGUGCGUCCUGAGAGGCGGAUUUUGCGGCUUAACGCUGGGCGCCGGCUACCCCACCGCUCUGGCUUUCCUGAAAAACGGACGUCUGGCCGUCAAGUACGAAACCGUCCCCCCGCCACCCAGAGGGAGAGCGAUCCUCUACUGGGCGAUGCUCUGCCACCCGGCCUGCAAGCUGAUGAGUCUCUCCGUGGUCGUGCAGCUCUUCUUCGGCGGCCUGCUCGGCUACCGACACCACGAGAUCUCUCGAAACCCGCGGGGCUGACGGCCGCGGCGCCUAUUUGCCGGUCGGCGCGGGAGAGGGCCGCCGGUGGAAAUCGGCGGAUCGAACAUCUGAGCGCCGCGGGAAGAGGGAGCCCAGGCGACCGAGGAGGGAGGGGGCGACGAGGGUUUAAUUAAAACGCUAAGUGUGGCGUCCGCCGA